CCCAUCCAUAUUCUUAUUGUGGGCGUGAAACUCUCUGCUUUAACCUCCUCUCUACUUGAAUGAACUACAAGUGCAAAGUCAUACUACACUGUUUAGUGCACUCGAGAGAGAGGGUAACAUCGUACCCGAGGGCAUUCUACGGUUAAUAGUUACAUAGACAACACUUGUUUCCAGUCACCGAUUUUUACGGAGCAAUGGAGCCUCAUGUAAACGCGAAGCGGCUUUUUAAUCACGCGACAACCCUGAAGCUUCACACGGGGAAUUUAGUCAACCGCAGUCGACUUAAGAAGAAAUGUCCGUCUUCACCUAGUGAGGAGCUACAAGACUGCAUCCAAGGCACACUGAGCGAGUGGUUUGCCACAAUGCCGUCAUCUCUUGACUCUGAGCUUCCCAGCAUUCUGGACUGCACUAUUCCAGAAAACACAGAGGCCAUCACCCCAGAGGAGAGAGAGGAGCUGAAAGUGUCUGUCAAGCUUUUUCUCACUGAGUCGGACCGUUCAUCCAUCAGAAGUGCGGUGGACAUGGCUUGUCUUUCGUUAGGCGUAUCUCAGUUGGACUCUGUGAUCAUUGCUCCACCUCCUCUCCCCGAGGGUGAGGCACAGACGCUGACCCACCUGCAGCCGCUGUGGGAGGAGCUGGAAAGUCUUGUGCAAAGCCAGAAGAUCGCUGCCAUCGGCACGUCCGACUUGGACAAAACUCUUUUAGAGCAGCUGUAUAACUGGGCUCAGGUAAAGCCAAGUAGUAAUCAGGUGAAUCUGGCCUCGUGCUGUGUGAUGCCUCCAGACCUCACUGCAUUUGCUAAAGAGUUCGACAUACAAUUGCUUACGCACAAUGACCCCAAAGAGCUAAUCAGUGCAGCAGGCUUCCAGGAAGCAGUGCAGGGGAGCAGUAAGGACCUGCAGGUGGACGAUUGGAGGAUGGAGUGGGUCUUACGGUACUCCAUCAUAGUCAAGAGCAGAGGCAUCAUAAAAGCAAAAGGCUACAUUGUUCAUGCUAAAAAGGGCAACAACCUUUAACAUGUCCAGUUUGAACAGGGUUUCCUAAAAAUUUAGGGAGCUACUACAUCAUUGAUGCAUAUUUUACAGGUGUUUUUUUUUGUCAACACACUAAAGUGAAAAACUAAAAUUCACUCGACACACGUUUUCCUCAUGAUUUAGAACAUUUAGACAGCUAUCUGUUCUUGUAGAUAAAUGCAAAGUGCCUCUCUUUUUCCUGACCUGGCCUGGUUUAAUUCUCUGUAUUUUUCAAAAGGGUAAAAAUUAAAUAUAAAACAACGGUUGAUAGGACAUCAGAUUAAGAUUAUUCAAAUACCAUAAGAUUGUUUUGUUAAUCAUUGCCCCUGUAAUUUUUGUGAUUUUUUUUUUUCUGUUUUAUUUAAACAU